AUGAGUGGGAGAGGAAAGCAGAUAGAGGAAGAGGAGGGGAAUGAGAGAGAGAUGCUCCAUCAUUGGAGCCACGAGCAUCCACUUACUUUGGUGAAAACUCGUGAAAAAGUAUACUGUUAUGGGUGUGAAGAGCUAUUUAGUGUUGGAGACCAAGCUUAUGGAUGCAUCACUAAGUGGUGUAACUACUCAAAUUUAUUGCACGAAGAAUGUGCAGCGAUUGCGAGAGAGAUACGCCAUCCAUCGCACCACCCUCAACACAUACUCAUCCAACACCACGAAUGGGAAUUAGGGAGGUGCCGUAUAUGUCAAAGGCUAAUUUGGAGCAUUGGUUACAGAUGCUCAGUAUGUGAUUUCCAGAUGCACCUGAGAUGCGCACAAGGUGGUGGCAUGGUCGAUGCAACGGGCGAUGAUGAUGAUGAUAAAAGGCACAACAUCAUACAUCAUCCAAGUCAUCCCGAUCAUGAAUUGAAGUUGUUGAGGAGAAGGUGUCCAUUCAAGUGCGAUGCUUGCGGCACCACACGCAAAGAUAGUUCAUACACAUGCACCAAUGAUGCUUGUGAAUAUUGGAUCCAUGAGAAAUGUGCUUCAUUGCCUCAAAGCUUCAAAAGGGAAGAUCACCAUCACUCCCUCUCUUUAUCCUUUCGCGUCCCUUUUGAAUAUCUCGAUUUCAACUACAAAUGUGAUGUGUGCAACAAAUAUUUGCUACCCAACUAUUGGAUAUAUCAUUGUCAAAUCUGCAGAUUUAUUGUCCACGUCAAGUGCGUUUUCAACAAGCAGUCUCCCGUCACUGAAUAUAUUGGGAAAGACAUUAUUCAUCUUCCAGCAAAUGAGGUAGCCGAGGAACUAAUAACACCGUUUGUGAUGGGGCAAACUGGAGGAGGAGGAGGAACAUUGAUUCCACCCAUCAUCAUCCCUGCUGCUGCUGUUGAUGAGUUGAUGAAGGUGAAGUAUAAGUUCCUUCAUCACCAACAUCAACUCACUUUAGUCUCAUCUGGCGAGCGAAGUCAAGAAGAAGAAGAAGAAGAAGAAGAAGAAGAAGAAGACGAGGAGAACUAUGGAGUGAGAUCGGAAUUCAUAUGUGAUGGGUGCAUCACUCCUAUAUCAUCAUAUUACUAUAUGAGUUGCAGUGAAUGCAAAUACAAUCUUCACUUGGCGUGCUUUCACUUGCCACCUCAACUCUCCUCACAUCCACUCCACCAACAUGAUGAUCACCAGCUUGUCCUCCGAUCUUGUCACAAACAUCAACCUUGGAAUUGCCAAUAUUGCAGUGUGUGUGAGUAUGAAACUAAUGGGCUGUUUUAUAGUUGCAUAGCGUGCGACUUCAAAGUCGAUAUCCAAUGCGGUUGUAUGCCGGAUACCAUACACCACGCAGCUCACCCGCGACAUCUCCUCAAGCAUGUGACUUAUUCGGUUCUACGCAGAAAUAUUAACCCACGGCGCGUGUCGUGUGCUGCUGGUUGUGACGACAGCAUAACCUAUUACGAUUGUUACAGGUGCAGCAACAACUCAUGUGAUUUCAUAGUGCACGUCAAAUGCGCUUUGCUGCCUGUGUCGGUCAGCAGCCGUAGAUGGGAUGAGCACCACACGUUGCUUUUGACGUACGAUGCAACUCUCAACCGUCCUGGAGAUUUCUACUGCGACCAAUGCGAAACACAAAUGCAUCCCAGGAGUUGGAUGUAUCACUGCCGCCCCUGCGAUAUAUCCUUCCAUCCUAAAUGCUUUCCAACUACAUCCGGCUACUAUAGAAACAGGAAGUUGGGGCAGGAAUAUCACGUGAAUGACGCAGUUCACCAACACCCUCUCACCUUUCAACUCCUCACCACCAAACUAUGCUGCGACAGUUGUGGUGAGAAAGUGCAUGGAGAGGAAGGAUUUUACUGUGCAUUAUGCAACUUCUUCAUUUGUCGCAGAUACAGAUGCGGUGAAAAAAUGAUCGAAAAUGGUGACAUGAAGGCUGUUGAUUGA